AUGGCGUACGACGACCUACUCAAGCUCAUUGAGUCGCUUCCAACGGACCAAUGGGGUCCACCAACCACGACCGAAACGACCCUCAAUGGCGUUCCUUACGCCCCCUUCUCCAAAGGCGACAAGCUAGGCCGUAUGGCGGACUGGACAGCGGAGGGCAAGGACCGUGAGGGACGUGGCGGAAGGCAACAGUUCAAUAACCGAUACCGCGACCAGAUUUACGGUGCCGGUCCAGGCGGUCUGCAGACUGCAUUCGCGAUAGAAGGAACGAACGAGGAGAACACAUUCAGCCUUGUCGACCGCACACAGCCAACGCGCUCAAGAGGCUUCGGCGGACGUGGCAGCGCUGUGUUUGGCCGGGGUCGCGGUGGACAGCGUGGAGCAGCCAACCAGCGCGGAGGCAGAGGCACUUUCACCCGAGUGCAGGGAAGAGGCGGACAGCAGUAUAACGACCGCGGUGGCCGAGGUGGACGCAGAGGCGGUAGAUUCGGCUGGAAAGACUAUGACAAGCCACAGCGCAACCGUGAAGCAUCUGUCCAACCAAAGGAUACCUGGCGCGUGUUGGAGGAGAUCGACUUCAGUCGUCUCUCCAAGCUCAAUCUCGAUACUGGCGAAGGCGAGGACCUCGACGACUAUGGUUUCCUCUACCACUACGACCGCUCAUACGACAAACAGCCAGGUGCGCCGACUUCUGUGCGCAAGCUGACUGUGCUCGAACGCGCCGCCUACAACGUUACCACAUCUUCAGAUCCUGUCAUUCAAGAGCUCGCUGAUAAAGACGAGGCCACCGUAUUCGCUGCUGAUAACAUCCUCUCUAUGCUCAUGUGCGCACCUCGAAGUGUCUACAGUUGGGAUAUAAUUCUGCGUAAAGAGGGCAACAAGGUCUUCAUCGACAAGAGAGAGGGCAGCAGCCUCGACAUGGUCACUGUCAACGAGAACGCGGCAGAUGCACCCCUGGAGAUGAGUGAGGGCAACAAAGACCAGAUCAACAGUCCAGGAGCUCUCAAGGAGGAGGCUACCCAUAUCAACAAUGUCUUCCCACUUCAAGUCGUCCAGGAGUCGGAAAGCAUGAAGAGAGACAUGAACCACGAGCACCCAUUCUACAAUGCCGACGAAGAGACCGACCCACCAGCUUCCAAGGCGUACAGGUACCGAAGAUUCGACCUUUCGUUGGAAGCAGAUGCCGAGCCAUUGCACUUGAUCGUGCGAUCCGAACUUGAUGCUGUUGCGAAGAACAACAUCAGUGGAGAGGACCAGUUCUUGACCAUACACGCUCUCAAUGAGUUCGACAACAAGGCACAAGGAUCGGGUGGCGCCCUCGACUGGCGCAGCAAGCUUGCCAGUCAACGUGGUGCAGUGGUCGCCACAGAGAUGAAGAACAACAGCUGCAAGCUCGCCCGAUGGACCACGCAGUCGAUCCUGGCCAAAGCGGAUCUGAUGAAGCUUGGAUUCGUCUCUCGUGCGAACCCCAAGUCGACCUCCGAGCACGUCAUCCUGGGCGUAUUGGGCUACAAGCCACGCGAGUUUGCUUCACAAAUGAACCUCAACCUCAACAACGGUUGGGCUAUCGUUCGUACCUUCGUUGACAUGGUCAUGAAGGAGGCAGACGGCAAGUACGUGCUUGUGAAGGACCCCAACAAGCCAACUAUUCGCUUGUACCAAGUGCCUCUCAACACCUUCGAGGAGGACGAUAUCGAGGAGAUGAGCGUGGUGCCUGAGGGCGGCGAUGACGAGUAGGGAGGAAGCGCGAGUCCUACGAUCAUUUGCAUGUGAUAGAGUGAUAUGAGGUGUUGCUAGACCUCACUUCAUGAAUGAAAUAAACGCAUCUCGCUCUUG